AGGAGGUUGAACCUGUGUACCAGGCUGUAGUGUCGUGUACCGGCCAGACGGGGGCGCUCUAGAUGCACAAAACACUCAGGAGCUGGAGAAGAGCAAGUGGGCGGUCAGGGGAUUUAAUAUUAUCUCUCAAGCCUGGAGAGGAAGCGCACAUGGAGCAGGAUGUACAGCUACAAGGCAUCGCUAUGGCUUUUCGGUGCUUUCAGGAACUUCUGUGAGCUUCUUCUGGAGCAGACAAAGUUUUCACUGGAGUAGUGAAAGUAUCAGUGUUCACGUGCGGCGACACACACACACACACACACACCAUGUUCAUCUGCAGCAUGGAUUUCAGGAAUACUAAGUAUGGAAGGUAAAGUGCAUUCAAGACUGCUUUACUUUUCAGCCUCAGCUUUACUUGCUGUUGUCCUGUUGCUCUCCAGAGGGUCCAGAAGUCAUUCAGUACAAAAAAAGUGAAGAAACAGAGAAAGUAAACAGAUCAGUACUCAGAUUCAUGAACAGUCGAGUCCCAUCCAGCAAAAGAUAUCAGCCAACUGAAUAUGAACAUGCAGCCAAUUGUGCUACACAUGGAUUUUGGAUUAUUCCCAGCAUCGUGGGCAGUUCACUGUUGUACUUCCAGUCUGAUGACAAAUGGGAAAGCAUCACAGCAUGGCUGUACGGCACCGGACUGUCUGGCUUGUUCAUCAUGUCCACCAUGUUCCACACUGUAAGCUGGAAGAAGAGUCACUUGCAGAUUGUAGAGCAGCGCUUCCAUAUGUGUGAUAGGAUGGUGAUUUAUUUCUUCAUCGCUGCCUCUUAUGCCCCCUGGUUGAACCUGAGGGAGCUCGGCCCCUGGGCGGCACACAUGCGCUGGCUGGUGUGGAUCAUGGCUUGUGUGGGCUCCGCUUACGUCUUCUUCUUCCAUGAAAAGAAUAAGAUACUGGACCUGAUUUGCUACACAGUCAUGGGAGCUGUUCCUGCAAUUGUGCUUCUGUCGAUGCCAAACAGGGAGGGCGUGUUGGAGUUGUCAAUGGGUGGAGUCUUUUACUGCCUCGGCGUGGUUUUCUUCAAGAGUGACGGCCUUGUCCCUUUCGCUCACGCCAUCUGGCACGUCUUCGUGGCUAUAGGAGCAGCUAUCCACUAUUAUGCUAUUUGGAGGUAUCUGUAUGCUACAGGGAGCAGCCACACGAGAAACUCCAGGUCUGCAACACAUUCCAAAAAAAGUUGGGACGGGGCAAUUUAAGGCUAUAAUUGAGGUAAAACAAUCAAAUAAUGAUGUGAUUUGAAACCGGUGAUCGAAAUCAUGAUUUGACUAGAAUCAGUAUCCAGGAAAGGCAGAGUCUUUGAGGAGCAAAGUUGGGCGGAGGAUCUCCAGUUUGUCAACAAAUGUGUGAGAAAAUUAUUGAAAUGUUUAAAAACAAUGUUCCUUAAAGAAAGAUAGGAAGGGAUUUGGAUAUUUCACUCUCUGUGGUGCAUAAUAUUAUUAAAUGAUUCAAGGAAUCUAGAGGAAUUUCAGGGCAUUAAAGGGCAAGGGCACAAGCCUAAUCUGAACACCCGUGAUUUCUGAUCCCUCAGACAGCACUGCAUCAGGAACUGUCAUUCAUCUAUAGCUGAUAUAACCACAUGGGCUUGGGAUUACUUUGGCAAAUCUUUGUCAACCACUACAAUACACAGUUACUUCCACAAAUAUCAGUUAAAACUUUGUGCAAAAAGGAAGCCUUACGUUAACUGUGUCCAGAAGCACUGUCGAUUUCUCUGGGCUCGGAGGCACCUGGGAUGGACCAUCACACAGUGGAAACAUAUAUUGUGGUCAGACAAAUCAGUAUGCCAGGACUUUUUUGUAAGAAACAGAUGUCAUGUGCUCUGGCCCAAAGAUGAAAAGGACCAUCCAGACUGUUACCAGGAACAAGUCCAAAAGCCAGGGUGUGUCAUGGUAUGGGGUUGUGUCAGUGCCCUUGGCAAAGGUAACUUACAUUUCUGUGAUGGAGCAUUAAUGCAGAAAAGUACACUGAGAUUUUGGAGCAACAUAUGCUGCCUUCAAGACGACAACUUUUCCAGGGAUAUUUCAACAAGACAAUGCAAAACUACAUUCUGCACACAUUACAAAGGCAGGGCUGUGGAAGAAGAGGGUGUCUGUCCCCUCUGUCCCCAAUAGAGAACGUGUGGAGAAUUUUGAAAUGAAAAAUGCAAUUUGAGUGCAAUACAGGUCAAAGAUUAUUUACAAAUCAUUGUUUUCAGUUUUAAUUUAAAUUCCAACAUACCGUCCCAACUUUAUCUGAUAUAGGGUUGUAUUUUACAGAAGGUAUAAAAACACUUGCUUUGAAGAGACCAAAAACAAACAAAAAUGGACAAAACCCACCAAUAAAACGCCAAACCACUUUUCUCUGUGUCAAAGGUGCUUCUGUCGACCUCUUAUUGAAGAGUUUUUGUGUAGGAGUUUUAGUUGUUACACAACAGAGAAAUCUGUGUUAGAUAAGUGCACUGCAGUGCAAAGGUCUGAUGUGUUUAAUACUUUCAAAAGCUUCAUUGGCUUUCAACAGUACAAAUAGUUACCAGGUUAUUCAUUAAUACCAAUGUUUAAUAUGAGGUUUUCAUUGUUUUGUGGCCAAAAAAAAAAUCCAUAAGCCAGUGUGAUUGAGUGAUUCUGACUGAGAAACCUAAUGUUCCAUAUUCAGCCAGUGUGGCGUUGUGGAGCCCGGUGCUCUACGCAGGCAGGAAACUGGAAUGAGACUGUAGCAGGCCACUGAUGGCCCUCAUGCGCUGUGGCAGGGCAGCGUUGGUGUCUCGGUGCCAGCGUGGACAGUUACCCUGGCUGGAAGGUGUUAACACGAACUGGGCUACAUUAGGCAGCUUGAGAAGGUUGAUGAGUUCAUGGGCUCGUGUGAUGAUCUCCUCACUGUCCUCC